ACUUACGACGGCGUAAUGCCGUUGUCAAUUUUCCGGUAUCGGAGUUAUGCUUUAGCAUCGCCGUUAAUCCGGUGCUUCAGGUCACAAGCAGCAUUGAAAGCAUUGGCUAAAGCAUCGGAAGACAAAAUCCCAAAUCUCAUCCUCUACAAUUAUCCUUCAUUUUCCGGGGCUUUUGCCGCGCUUUUCACUCACCUCUAUCACUCUCGUCUCAACAUACCGUACCUCGUCUUGCCUUUCUCUUCCGUCGAACCCUUCAGAGUUGAAGACUUGUGUAUUGACGGGCUGCAAAAUUGCUACUUCCUUGAUUUUGUUGGUCCAAAAGGAUUUGCAGAUGAGCUUGCUCAGCGGACGUCAUGCCAGAUAGUAGGGUUUGAUCACCGGAAGUCUGCUCUAUCCAAGAUCCCUUUGAAUCAAAGCUCUUGUGGGAGUCUCACAUUUCAUGUCAACCUCGAGAAAACUAGUUCAGUUGCUGUUUAUGAACAUUUCUCUUCUAGACUUUCAGAGGUUGGAUCCAAUAAGGGGGAUGCUAUCAGCUUGCUAAAUUCUACUUUUCAAGAUCAAGUUGAAAAUGUUCUAAAAUAUAUAGAAGAUGGAGAUCUUCACAGGUGGAGUUUGCCUGAUAUUAGGGCCUUUGGAAUUGGAAUUAACCAGUGGCGUUCAAAAUUGAAUUGCAUCACUAAUCCACAUAUGUAUAAUCAGCUAAUGGGGAUCCGCACUGGUGAUUUAAUUGCUACUGGGAACUCCCAUAUUUCAAAUAAACUGGCUGCGGCACACCAGUUGCUGGAUAAGUUUUUCAAAAUUCGGCUGGGGAGAGGACUUUAUGGUGAAUGCUUGGGGGUUAGAGCUGAUGGCAAUCCAGACCUAAGUGAUGAAAUUGGCAAGGAACUAAGCAAGAAAAGCGCUUCAGUUGGACUCAGGCCUAUAGGAGCAGUCGUAUACCUUCAGCGGAAGAAUCUCAAGAUGUGUCUGAGGACUUUCGAUGCUGCUACUGAUACUUCAGAAGUUGCCAAGGCAUAUGGUGGAGGUGGUUCUCCUAGUUCUAGCUCAUUUAUAAUUCGGAUGGAUGAGUAUAACCAGUGGCGCUCAGUGCAUUCAUCUUAAGUGGGACACUGGUGACUAUUCUGGAUGUCUUAAAGACAUGGAGAAGCUUCUUCAUUGUGGACUUAUGGUCUCUCUACCUAGGAAAUUGUUACUGCUAAUAUUUGCUGUAUACUAGAACCGCCAAGUUCAUCACUGCUUUAUUUCCAACUUUUUGGCAGAAAUGAUAAAGUGAAUAUACCUGAACCAAGAACAUUGAUCGAGGGGGGAUC